UAUCUCGGAAGAAGGAGCGUGAAGCUCAGGACAUGGACCUCGCGGUCCUGUGGCUGGGGCUUCUUCUGCCGGUCGUGACCGCCCUGGAUUUCCGAUACCACCACCAGGAAGAGAUGGAGGCGUUCCUAAAGAGCGUUGCCCAGAACUACAGUUCGAUCACGCACUUGCACAGCAUCGGGAAAUCUGUGAAAGGUAGAAACCUGUGGGUUCUCGUUGUGGGGCAGUCUCCAAAGGAACACAGAGUUGGCAUUCCAGAAUUCAAAUACGUGGCUAAUAUGCAUGGGGAUGAGACUGUGGGGCGAGAAUUGCUGCUCCACUUGAUCGACUACCUGGUGAGGAGUCACGGGAACGAUGCCGACAUCACACAUCUGAUCAACAGCACUCGGAUCCACAUCAUGCCUUCCAUGAACCCAGAUGGAUUUGAAGCCGUCAAGAAGCCCGACUGUUACUACAGCAAUGGGAGGGAAAAUUUCAACAAUUAUGACCUAAACAGAAACUUCCCUGAUGCCUUUGAAAGUAAUAACGUGUCAAAGCAGCCAGAGACACUGGCAGUCAUGAAGUGGCUGAAAACCGAGACGUUUGUCCUCUCUGCAAAUCUCCAUGGGGGUGCCCUGGUGGCCAGUUACCCCUUCGAUAACGGCGUGCAAGCUACGGGGACGCUGUUGUCCCGAAGUCUAACUCCAGAUGAUGACGUUUUUCAACACCUCGCAUACACCUAUGCUUCCCGGAAUCCCAAUAUGACCAAGGGAGACCAGUGUAAGAACAAGCGGCACUUCCCCAACGGUAUCAUUAACGGGUACUCCUGGUACCCGCUGCAAGGUGGAAUGCAAGAUUACAACUACAUCUGGGCCCAGUGUUUUGAAAUCACGUUGGAGCUGUCGUGCUGCAAAUACCCUCGAGAAGAGAAGCUGCCGCUGUUCUGGAGUGAUAACAGAGCCUCUUUGAUUGAAUAUAUAAGACAGGUGCACCUAGGUAUAAAGGGUCAAGUGUUUGAUCAGAGUGGAAAUCCAUUGCCAAAUGUAAUUGUGGAAGUCCAAGACAGGAAACACAUCUGCCCGUUUCGAACCAACAAACUUGGAGAAUACUACCUGCUUCUCUUGCCAGGGUCCUACGUCAUCAACGUGACAGUCCCUGGACAUGACCCACACCUCACAAAGCUGACUAUUCCAAGGAAAUCCCAGACCUUCAGCGCUCUUAAACAGGAUUUUCACCUCCCGUUGCGAGGGCGUCUGGAUCCCAUGCUCGUGUCAGAGCCUUCAUGCCCGACGAUUCCUCUGUACAAACUAAGGCCAAACCGCUCGGCGGCAACAAAGCCUAGUUUGUUCCUAUUCUUCGUGAUUCUUUGGAACGUAUUUUUCAAAUAAAGUAAACUGUGAAACUCAAGCCCCAUCACCGCCUAGAAUCAGGGAUUGGUUACUCCAGGUUAGGGCAACUGUCCCUCUUGUGAGACCGCAGUGGGAUAAACUCCACUGUUUUCCCCAAGAGGAAGAAAACUGGGUGUUUCCAAGCUCAGCGGUGACAAAGGCGAUCUUCAGUCUGGACAAAUGGGGGCCGCUGCCUCGCAAGAGCCGCCCACAUACAUGCCAUCCAGACUAGUCCCGGAAAUCUGUAAGAAACUCGAAAGGCAAAACAGACAUCCCUAGAAGGAAAAAAAGUUAAUUUUUAUACACAGAAACCCAAAUGGAUGGACGCUUCCUGGUUACCCACGAUGUACGACCUUCCCAUGGUGCCAUUUGUAAAGACCUGGUACUACGCAUAAGGGGUUCUCCCCAAAGGAAGAAAUUUCUAGAUAACAGAACUAAGGACGUCUACUCUUCCGGUGUUCUAAGGGGAAAAGAGAGGAAAUGUGUGUACGGAGCGGAACACAUGAGGUGGCCUCUGUCUCCCAUGCCAGUGUCCUUGCCUCCCUGCACCCGGUGCUGCAGUCCUGUUAAGAUGGCGCCCCAUACGCCAUCCUAGUCUUUAGCCUGAGUCCCAGAUGCGUGCCAGGCUGCUCACUAGACACAGCGCCUGGGUACGGCCCGUGUGAACCUCACCUCGUCACUGAAGGCUGCUGUUUGAAUCCAUCCCAUCCUCUUCCUCACUGCUGACCCAGCUCCACGGUCUCCUGCUCCUGGGUAUCUCUUUACCAGGUCCAUCUUCCACACAGCACUGGAAGAGGGGCCACAUCUUGUUUCCCACUCAGUAAAAGCGCGUUCCACGCAUCAUCACCUGGGAGCCUUGCCAUUCCUAGCCCGUGUAGCUCCAGGCCUCCGGACCCUUCGAACGCACUGGUUGUCUUAUCACUUUACAGCAGCCGUCUGCUUCGUGCUGGCCUUCUCUAGGACAUGAGCUCUCUGAAGCCAGGAUCUGCUUGUUGGGAAAGUCCACUCCUGUAUCCUCAGAGCCUAGCACAAAAUAGGAAAUAAAUGGUUGGGGGAGGUGUUUCAGCCACCUGCUACAGACCUUACCAGAACUGUAGGGAUUUGAGCAGUUUUAUGAAAUUAAGUUUUAUAUUUCGCAACAUCCAGCUCACUUAUGUGUACACACACAUGCAAACACACACAGAGAGAGAGAAAGAGAGAGAGUCUUUUCAUGGAUACGUCAAGAAGAACAUUCCAGAGAUACGGGAGCAAGUGCGUACACACAUGCAAACACACACAGAGAGAGAAAGAGAGACUUUUCAUGGAUAUGUCAAGAAAAACAUUCCAGAGAUACAGGAGCAAGUGCGUAAUGCUGCCCAGAGGACGAUUGCUCGCUGUUAGCCACACUGCGCACUGCACACUAGAACAGAGAGAAAAAUUCAUACAAUCAGUUUGAAGUAGAAAUACCACCUAUGGAAGAAAAUUUAUGCUAACUCAUUGCAAGAAUUAAGAGAUCCCAGCACUCAGGAUCAGGCGACAGAGGCAGGGGGAUCUCUGAAUUUUAGGCCAGCAGGGCUACACAGCAAGAGACACUGUCUCAGAAAUAGAUAAGUAGAUGAAUAAGGAUAAAGCUCAAACGGAAAAACCAAGCAGCAGCUCUGGUGUGCGGGUUCCUGGAUGCUGUGCGUUUCCCAUGGUGAUUGCAUCACCUGGUGAGACUUUGUGGGGCUUGGCACAUGGUGAAGGCUUGAGAUCUAACAGACUGAAGAGACACACAGGCAUCUUGAUGCCGUUUCUUGGUGCCAAACUUAUUCUAUAUUUUAAUAUCAAUAGUAUUUGUAGUUUUUAAUCACUUCAAAAUUUGAAAAUAGCGUGAAUAUCUGGAAAGCAUAUAUUAAUAGUUCAGGAAGUGGUUUGGUAUAGCACAUUUAAAGUAGAGAAGACUAAGCCAGGUGUGGUAGCUGAUGCCUGUAAUCCUAGCUCUUGGGAGGAAAGUCAAGACAAGCCUGGACUAUAAGUGAGACCCAUCUUAGACAAAAACAAAUUUGUAAGUGCAGACUUGGUUUGCCAUCAGGUUGGGGUGGUUCUAAAUGCAGACACCCUUUCCCUGGGAAGUUUUUAAAGGAAAUGAGCUAUUUUCUGAAUGGGCUCAUGGGCCGAAUAGAAAACUUGUUACCAAAAUAACUUGCACGCAGAUGUGUCUUACUGGAGACUGACUGGCCCAGGGCUUGGCGCACACAGGUAAAGUGAUCUGAGCCACAGCUACUUUUUUGUUCUGUUACUUUCUGUUUUGACACAGGGUCUCAUUAAAUUGUGUAGGCUGGACUUGGAACUCAUUGUAAUCCAAGUUGGCAUUGAAUUCAGACUGACUGCCUCAGCCUCUGGGGCAGCUAUUAUGGUCUGGACCACUAUGUCUUUCUUAAGAUAAUAUUAUUUAAAUCAGAAAUCUGUUAUCAAAACCCAGCAUAGAGUCAGUUAAACAGAGUGAGGUGUAGCUUGGUAUCAGUGUGCCUAGCCUAUACCAAGUCUUGGGUUCAGUCCCCACUAACUACUCCCAUCCUCAAGACAAAACAUGACCGUGAAAUUAUUCCCUGGUCUGGGUCCUCAGAUCCCAGCUCCUGCUCCUGUGUGUCCUCUAGACUGGUGGAUACACUUUGAGGUUCCCAAUUCAGGUGUAACCCCUGUACAGAGACGUGAAAGAGCAGGGUGAUGGGGACCCCUGCUCCACCACGCUCCUGACUAUUGGGCACAGACCACAUUUCGGUGCUCCUCCAGGUAGAGAAAGCACAGCUAGUAUUUGGGUAACUGCUUUGAAGGCAGUACACCUUAUUAAAGGUGAGCUGAAAACUGAAAUACUGGUUAGCAAGAAUCAUGUCAUUUUCAAGGAAACUUUAACAAGUUCGCCCGUGCGCCUAUUCAAACAGAGGUGGGUGAAAUUCCAGCACUCAGGAGGCAGAGGUAGGUGGGUGUCUUGAGUUUAAGGCUAUCCUGGUCUACGUAGUCCCAGGAUAGUCAGAGCUAUAAAUAGAGACCCUGCCACACACACACACGCGCGCACACCAAGAUGAGUGGAUGGUGGGGUGUCUAGAGAAACACAAGCUGGUGCUUUGCUUUUCAACCAAUAAACUGCUGAGCGACUUGGA